CCUCUCCUAAUGAGGCAUAAACUGGAGCUGCAGCCCAGCUCAGCACUGCAACUUUCACUCGGGCUGCAGCUCUGCUGAGACCGUUUUGUUUAAGUCAUGUGAGGCUUCAUUAUUUUUAUGAUGAGACGUGAAAUAGAUGCGGGCGGAUGUUGAUGGAAGGAGGGAGCAGAGCAGCUGCGGCGCGGAACGUCUCAAGUAUACAAAUGCUCUCAGUCCAGCCAGACAACAAGCCGAAAGGUUGUGCUGGCUGCAACCGAAAGAUCAAGGACCGAUAUCUUCUAAAGGCACUGGACAAAUACUGGCAUGAGGACUGCCUGAAGUGUGCCUGCUGUGACUGUCGUUUGGGAGAGGUGGGCUCCACCCUGUACACUAAAGCUAACCUUAUCCUUUGUCGCAGAGACUAUCUGAGGCUCUUCGGUGUAACGGGAAACUGUGCUGCUUGUAGCAAGCUCAUCCCUGCCUUUGAGAUGGUGAUGCGCGCCAAGGACAAUGUUUACCACCUCGACUGCUUUGCAUGUCAGCUUUGUAAUCAGAGAUUUUGUGUUGGAGACAAAUUUUUCCUAAAGAAUAACAUGAUCCUUUGCCAGACGGACUACGAGGAAGGUUUAAUGAAAGAAGGUUAUGCACCCCAGGUUCGCUGAUCUAUCAACAUCACCCCAUUAAGAAUACAAAGCACUCCAUUCUUUUAUCUUUUUUGCUCCACGUGUAUAUAAGAAUUGACACAGGAACCAACUGAAUAGCGUAGAUAUAGGAAAGCAGGAUGGUUAUAUGGGAUAAAAGGCGGACUGCAUCUGUAUGUAGUGAAAUUGCCCCAGUUCAGAGUUGAAUGUUUAUUAUAAAAGAAAGAAGUAAUGUACAUAUUGCUGGAUUUUUUUGCUUGCUAUUCGUUUUUUUGUGUCACUUGGCAUGAGAUGUUUAUUUUGGACUAUUGUAUAUAAUGUAUUGUAAUAUUUGAAGCACAAAUGUAAUACAGUUUUAUUGUGUUACCAUUUGUGUUCUGUUUGCUUCUUUGUAUUGUUGCAUUUAGUACAAUCAGUGUUUAAACUUACGGUAUAUUUAUGCUUUCUGUAUCUACCAGCUAUUUUAAAUGAGCUGUAACUUUCUAGUAAAGAAUUGAAGAGCAAAUCUCACUAAUGAUACACAUAUAAAGCAAGUCUAUCAACAUUAAAAAUACUGAAAAAGAAGGACACACAAAGCAUUUUAGCAACAUCCACUUAUUGCCACAAUGAUAUCAGUGUUCUCAUUUCACCCCCUAUUUUCAGGGGGUUAAAGGUCAGCUUUAAAAAAAUGCAUAAAAAUUUCAUCUUAAAGCACUUUCAUUUUUUACCAACGUGAAAAGUGCCAUUUUUAGAAUAACUUUAAAGCUUAACAGUUACCCUUUUAAUACCCUUUUUCUGUGUGUGCUCUUUACCCCGUAAAUGGCUUUGUUUUGUUUCCUUCAGCCAUUCACCGCUUAUGUGAGCUAGUGCCUUUGGGUACCAUGUAAAAAUUUUCCAAAGGGUUACUUUAAAAAAGUGUUACCACAAUUAUGAGAUAAUUUUAAAAAGAUAAAUUUCUUAUACAAACUUUGCCCAGAUCUCUCCAUAAGAGGUAAGCAUAUAAUAACUUUAUGAUUUGAUACAUUUCUGGCACCAAAAGGUUUUGAAUGAGAAUCUACUGAAACCAUGAUAAUGCACAUUGAAUCUAUGAUCAUAUUUGAGGAGUGAAGUCACUUUUGAUCAGAGCAACAUAGUGCUCACAGAAUCUUCUGGAAGAAGAGAAACAAAGGGAUUGAUAAAAAGCUGAGAACUGGUGAUUAUAUAUUUUUCUGUAUUUACUUGCCACUUACUUUAAUGUUCAAAAGUGAACACUUUAAAAGUUUGAUGUGUCUUACUCUCAUUGCUUUCUCUAAGUAAUUACCUGCUCAGAAUUUAUUACACUUGGGCUGAAAUCUGUCAUUCCGUUUUUUAAAGGUGAAAGAUUAUUCCCUUAUCUACAUGAUAGCUGAUAAAAAAGAAAGCUUUCUAGAAACAAAAAUUUUGGAGACUGAUUAUUUCAAUUACAGUUAAGGAAAUAAAGUUGCGACUGUGUUCCCUUCUUUGGGGUUGCUCACACUUUGCUUCUUUGCUUCUGUUCCCUGUACUCAAAACUACUUUUCAGCAGAUCUGAUUCCUCAACAGGCACAAUGAAGCAUAUUUUUACUAGAGCAACUUUUAGUGCUGUGGGCUUUCUUUUUUCUUUUCUUCUUUUUUCUUGAUCACUUGUAUAGGAAACAAUAUUCCCCAGUGUUACUUGCAUACAUACUUUGUCCUGCCGAAUAUGCAUUGCAGAUAAAAAUUAAAUGUGAUACCUGAAUUCUUGGUUUGGGGCCAAAAUAUUAAACUGAAAAAUCAUGCUGGUGUGGAUUUGAGUUGUUUUCAAGCAAAGCUUUACUCUGAACAUGCGUGUGAAUCUGGAUAUUGCCUCUCAUUUUUAAGAAGAUGGUUCUGUGAAAAGUGAACGAUACGUAUUUUUACAGAUGCUUUAUGGCUGAGUGUUCAAGUCACAUGUCCUCCAAAUUUGACAUAUACCCCCAAAAAAGAGUUUCAAGAGGCCCACAAAAUAACUAUUGAUAUUAUUUUAGCCUUUGAGCCGUACAUUUAUUUCAUGAAAAGACUUGCAUAGCCAAACCCAAAAAAAAGCAAAACAGAACAAAUGGGAGGAAGGUGGGGGAGAUAUGUAAGAAGUGGUUUUCCUAACACAGCCCUGCUAAUCCCCAUUAAGAGUUGUUUGAAAUUCAUGUGGAUGUAAAAAUGUAAUUGUCAGUAUCUUUUUGCAUCAUCUUUUUUAGAUUUAAAUGGUUUUGCAUAUGCUUAUCAAUAUGUCAAAAUUCUUGUAAACUGGGAACAAACUUCUCUCAGCUUCUUGAAGCUGUUCAAUUAUUCCUGCCACCCAAAGACCAACAAGGUCUUUUGCUUAAUCCUUCGGGAAUGAAUUCUUAUGCUUUUUACUACAAACAAAAUUACUCACCUGGAUUAAAGAUUAAGGCCUUAAUCUCCUUAGAUUAUCUUUAAUCUCCAUAAAAUGGUGGAACAAGACAGAAAUAGGCCAUUUUACAGCUAAUUGCCCAUAAAUAGUAGCAUUUUCGACUGAAGCACUAAUUGUCUUGACUACUCAAAGUCCCUGAAUUGUUGUCAGCUUUCCCCUUUGUGUUGUGUAGCCCUGACGUCACUUAGCUUGUUAUCUGAAGCCUCCAGUAGAACAUCUCCGAUGGAGCAUUGAUUUCUCAAGCAGCAAAAGCUCCCUUUCCAACACGCAUCUCAUAUAGGCUACCUAUGAUGAAGGACCAGGCACUUCCACUCCACUAGAGUGCUGGCUGAGUUUAAAAGCUGAACUGUGUUUGUAAUUUCACUUUCAUCUUGCUUAAUAAAUAUCUGCUGGAUUCUUUCAUUCAUUUCUUUAAUAUUCGGAUUUAUGUUUUUAAUAAAAGGGGUAUUACACUA